UCGACACUUUUAGAAGAAAAACACCGUCUCAAGUCUGAAGUCUCCACUCACUUCUUGUUCUUUUGAAAAACCAUUACAUUACGAUCUUCUCUCCGCCGUCCACCACCGCAAGUGCCGUCACUGUACUCCGUCAGAAAACGCGAAAUCCCCGAAAAGACCUUGGGAAAAAAAAAAGUAAGCCGAAAACAUGAGUAGAGGAAGUGGAGGCGGGUACGAUCGCCACAUCACUAUUUUCUCCCCCGAGGGGCGUCUCUUUCAAGUGGAGUAUGCUUUCAAGGCUGUUAAGGCUGCUGGGAUCACCUCAAUUGGCGUCCGAGGAAAGGAUUCGAUUUGUGUCGUUACUCAGAAGAAGGUUCCGGACAAACUGUUGGAUCAGACAAGUGUUACACAUCUCUUUCCCAUCACAAAGUACCUUGGUUUAUUGGCAACUGGCAUUACGGCUGAUGCUAGGACACUCGUUCAACAAGCAAGAAAUGAAGCAGCUGAGUUUCGCUUUACAUAUGGAUAUGAGAUGCCCGUGGAUGUAUUGGCUAAAUGGAUUGCAGACAAAUCACAGGUCUAUACUCAACAUGCUUACAUGAGGCCCCUUGGAGUAGUUGCUAUGGUCUUGGGUAUUGAUGACGAAUGUGGGCCUCAGCUUUACAAAUGUGACCCAGCUGGUCAUUACUUUGGUCACAAGGCCACAAGUGCUGGAUUGAAGGACCAAGAGGCGAUUAAUUUCUUGGAAAAGAAGAUGAAGAAUGACCCUUCAUUUACCUAUGAAGAGACAGUUCAGACUGCCAUUUCUGCCUUGCAAUCAGUUCUUCAGGAGGACUUCAAGGCCACUGAGAUAGAGGUUGGAGUGGUGCAGAAGGAGAAUCCAGUAUUUAGAGUUUUAUCCACGGAGGAGAUAGAUGAGCACUUGACUGCAAUAAGCGAGCGCGACUGAGUUCUUGGAUUUGAUAAAACAAGGAUAUGAUUGUUCAAACUAUCUGAUGUUAGAUUAAAUCAUGUACUUUUUGUCUGGGAACAUUGAAUUGAUUUCCUUCAUGAUAUUUGAGUAUUAGUUACCCAAGAUUGAUGCAACUGCAGACAAAUGAAAACGCCCGAAUGGAAGAUAUAAUUUUUAUUUUAUUUUAUUUUUUUAAUUUCA